GCCCUUAUCUGUCACAUGCUAAAUUUCUCCCUUCUAGCACUGGUCUUCACAUCCUCAUCCACAGCUUCACCUCUUUAUUUUAUGUUUCUUCAUUCACUUCAUCCCAUCACUUGACCAGAUGAUCAGCUCAGUGUUCACCAUGAGGGCCAUCCUAGUUCUGACUUUAUUCAUGUUCAUUCUCCUGAUUCCUGCAUCUUCUGGUGUUAAUCAAACACAGAACAGCCUCACCACUUCUCUCCCAAACAACAUGACAGCAUCUGCUGAAGCUCAAGAUAAUAAACAUUCUACAUCUGACAGGACUACUAUGACAUCAGCAUCACCACCGUCAUCAUCUAAAGUGCCAUCACACAGUGCCAUCACAACAACUAACCAACUUUCCACCACAAUCGCAAACCUUGCCUCUAAGUCCAGCAACAGCAACAAGUUAUUGAUUUUUGUCAUUUUGUUGGCCAUCUUGGUAUUGGUGCUCUUCAUGGGAUGCCUCUAUAACAUGAAGGACCAGCAUUCAGGACAGGACAGGUCUGUCCCCAGGCUCCUACUGAGUGUGAGGGAGAGACUGAGGGCAGGAAUCGGUAACCUGGAGGACCGAAUAGGACUUCGCCUCUGGCCAGGAUGGAAGAGAGGAGAGGAGGAGGAUGAAGAGAUAGAAGGAAUACAGGGAGAAGGAGCACAGAGGAGAGACAACGGGGAGAAGGAGGAAAAGGGGGAAUACAGUGACGAAGACAGUGAGGAAGACAGUGAUUCUUCAGACGACUACUCCAGUAUGGAGGGGGACAACCUGAGAGAGAGGGCGCUCAGCAGAAAAGAGGAAGAGGAGAGGCAGCAGAAUGCGAACGAGGAAGGGGAGGAAACGAGUAGUGCAAGUGAGGGAGGUCAAAAUGCUGUGGUAGGAGAGAGCAAUGGAGAUAAAAAAGGAAGCUCAGAAGAGAUGGCAUUAGUUGGCUCUCUGAAGGAGGAUGUCAAAAAAGAACUGCAGCAGGCCGCUGUCCCAGAGCUACUGUAUGCUCCUGAGUCUCUGGCUCCAUCAUCUCUCCUGUCCGGCUUCCAGUUGUCAGUGGCUUCCAUUUCUGCUGUCCUGUUGCUGGUCUCUGGUCCUGCUCUCCAGUUGUUGGUCACGUCGCUGGCCUCCUGCUCGCCCUCUGGAGGACCCCCAUCCUCAUCACCUCCAAGAGGUUUCUGUGAUGGUUUCGGGUUUGGUGAUUUUGCUGUUAGUUGGUAA